AUGUCUACUAUCCCGACUACUGCUCAGGCGUGGCGCUUUCCGCCUGAUCAAACGAGUUGGAACGGCCACAAGAGCCUCGAGCUCCGCGAAGUCAAAAUCACUCCUCCUAAGCAAGGAGAGGUCCUAGUGAAGCUACACGCGGCUGCUCUUAACUACAGGGUAUGCACGGUCAAGUACACCCACGAUUCUUCGAUCUUCUCCAGCGCCGUCACAAGACGGAAUCAGCCCCUGUCCGUCAGGGCCGAAUCGAGAUUAGUAGUCGCUGUUGGCGAGGGUGUCACGCAGUGGAAGAAAGGAGACCGGGUGCACUCGCUGUUCUUCGAAACGUGGUUUGACGGUCCUAACCAAGACGAGCAUAUGCCCUUUACAGUUGGUGGUGAGGCUGCCACCAUCCCAUGCGCAGCAUUGACCGCAUGGCAUUCGUUCUUCGAAAAGCGACCCAUCACCAAAGAUUCGACCGUGCUGGUACUCGGUAGCGGAGGGGUCUCCGUGUUUGGUGCGCAGCUCGCCAAGGCGGCGGGGGCACGGGUGAUUGCUACUACUUCGAGCAAGGAGAAGGCGGCCAAGUACAAAGACUUGGGAGUCGACGAGAUCAUCAACUACCGAGAGGUGCCUGAGUGGUCGAGCAAGGUCAAAGAGUUGACUGGGGGUAAAGGUGUCGAGCAGGUGCUUGAAGUUGGCGGACAGGGCACGCUCAUGCAAUCCCUUAAGUCCGUCAAACGCGAAGGCUCAGUACAUGUGAUCGGCGCCGUUGCGCAGGGUAACCCAGGUAGCGAAACCCUCCAAGAUCUGGCCAAGACGGUGUUAUUCGGACAGAUCUCGGUGAUCGGAAUCUUGGUUGGAAACAAGGCAAUGUGCGAGAGGUUGGACGCCUUCAUGGCUGAGCACAAGAUCAAGCCAGUUAUUGACCGUGUAUUUGGCUGGAGUGAGGUGGUGGAUGCGUUGGAUUACCAGCUCAGUGGCUCCCAUUUUGGAAAAAUUGUCAUCAAAAUCGACUGA